GUGAAAGGAUAUAACGUUAAACAUAUAUAUGUAGAGAAUCUCUACGUUAGAAUAUAUUCUAUAUUGUUUCCUCUCAAGUGUGGUUGUUCACGUUAACCACGAUAAGUAAAGCGUGCCAAUUCUUGAUCGUACAGAUCGAUUGAUCGGACAGAACAUUUUAGAGAAGUUGAUUUUUUUGGAAGAUCGGUGCAAAAUGAUGCACACGAUGAGCGAGCACACUGGGGGAGCUGGAGGAUUGGGUGUCAGCGUGUUGCCCUUCGACGGAAUGGGAUUGUUCGAGCAACAGAGACCAAGGUUUCUGUUCAAGAUGCCCAGGGUGGUGCCCAAUCAGAAGGCCAAGUUCGAGACGGAGGAGCUGUUCAGGAGAUUGAGCCGUGAGAGUGAGGUCAGAUACACUGGUUACCGAGACAGACCAAUCGAAGAACGUCAAGUUCGCUUUCAAAAUGUCUGUCGGGAGGGCUACACGGAGAUCGCGUUCGCGGCGACUGGUACGAACCUUCAACUUGUUUUUGGCAACGCGUCUGGAAAUUACGCUAGCGAUAUCAACGACUGCGAUUUCGAGAAGGAGCGUGGCAAGGUACAUCUCAGGUCUCGCCUGAUAAUGAACGGAGUAUGCGUGAUGUGGCGUGGAUGGAUCGAUUUGGAGAGAUUGGAUGGCGUAGGUUGUCUAGAAUAUGACGAGAAACGUGCCGCUGAAGAAGAUGCCCUUCUUCGUGACCAAUUAGAGCGUUACAAUCAACGAGUACGCGAUUUCGAUGAGAAACAAAGAUCGUACAGGAGUGCAGCCACUCAACCACCUCAUUUGAACCACCAUCACCAUCACCACCACCAUCAUCAUGGUCAUCAUGGCCACCACGUGACAGGAACAGGUACUGGAACUACUGGAACUAUCGAGCCUCACCUAACUCAUCGACAGGACCCCGAAAUGGAGGUCAGACUGAGAGCUUACUGA